AUGACCGUCGUCCACGUUGUGCAGUUCCAGUUCAAGGAGCUCAUCCCAACAGAGGAGGUCAAGUCGAUAUGCGACUCGAUGCUGGCGCUCCGGGACAACUGCAUCCACCCGACGUCCAACAAGGCGUACGUCAAGUCCAUCGCGGGCGGGCUGGACAACAGCCCCGAGGGCAUCCAGGGCGGCAUCACGCACGUCUUCGUCGUCGAGUUUGAGAGCGCUGCGGACCGCGAUUACUACGUGCACAAGGACCCGGCGCACCUGGCGUUUAUCGAGGAGGCGGGGCCGGCGAUCCUCAAGGCGCGGGUUGUCGACUUUACGCCGGGGGUGUUUUGA